AGACAACAACAAGACUUCUACAAACUGUUAGGCGACUUGCUAAAUUUCGAUUAAUAUCCGUAAAACUAUAAUAUCGAUUGGCAUCUAAACAUCCCUAAAGAUUUUUUGCAAAAGCACCGUUACUUUUUGGGAUGAAUUGGCGUCGUUUUAAAAUUGUCCGGAUUAUUUAUGACGUAGAUUUAAUAAAUAUAUUUGAAAAGUUUAAACCUUAAAAAUGCCAGCUCGUUCAUCAGACGAUAAGGCCGUAGGUGGUGGAAUAGUGAAAAAAUUGCGGGCCCGGAAAACUUCACAAAUAUGCAAAAAACGUCCGUCUAGAGUAGUCGCGAAGGGCCAAUUACAACGGAGUAGAGGCGUAAUUGUGACGAUGUCCGUAGAACAAAGCGGUGGAAUAUCUGUAAACACCCCUGGAGGUAUUGCGACGUCCCACUCAAGAAAAAUAUCAACUACUUCUGCAUUAUUCAGCCCUAUGGGUGUUUCAAUUGGAGUUGUAUGUGAGAGUACAACGGAAAAUAAGGAAGUGAUAGUGGAUAUGGAAAAUUGCUUGAAGGACAAUGCAAAACUUGCAACGGAUCCGAAUAGUAUAGUUCCUGAAAUUACAAUACCAUUGAAGACAAAUUCCAAGCCACCCAACCUCCAAUUUCGGAAAGCUUUAAGCUUUCUGGACGACCAACAGAUGGAAAAACUAUUUGAAUUUAAUAUUAAAAGUUUUCAACAAAUGUUGAAUAUACCAUUUGGGAAAUUACUUGAAAUAAAUCUCAGUAACAAACAAUUACAGUUACUUAUAGCUUUAGUAAAAAAAGAAAUGCGGGACGAAACAAUUCUCAAAGACGUGCAGCCGUUGAAAGCUAUCGCAGAGGAAUUGAAAAAAUUGGACGCAAAUGACGAUGAUGAUGAGAACCCAUUAGUAAUAGACGAAAGCCUCCCCCCUAUUUAUGAGAGUAAAAACAUAUCAAAUAUUGAGGAAAAACGCAGCUUGGAAGAUAUUGAGGAAUGUUUUACCAAAAUUCGCAGUGUCAAAGUGCCUCAAUCGAGAGCUGCCCUUAAAGAAGUGCGCUCGGAGUUAACUGACAUUAUUGCGGAAUUGAAUGGAAAAGAGAACAGGGUAUUGGAUAAUAUGCGGAAUAAAAAGGAUAAAGUUAAAACAGCUCUUACCGAAGAAGCCGUCACAACUACUAGUAAGACACUCCAAAGUAAACAUGAACACAAUCUAGUAGAAGCAACUGAUUUCGGUGGGCUGUUUCAAAGCGGUCGGACCAUAGCGACACCAAAAAAUGCAAAUCUGCAACCAACAGUGUUGAUCAAAAAAUUACCAACUCCGUUAAGGAAGCAAAAAUUUGAUGUGGAUGCAGACAGUACGACCAAUCUUGAUCUUACUUUUUCCAAUAUAAGUGAAGUGGAAACUAUAGCCGAUGUAGCUGAAACUAAGAAACCUGGAUCGACUCCGGUCCAGAAAAAAGCAAAGAAACAUAAUAUUAAGGUUAUGAAUUUAAUGGAGGAUACUAGUAACGCAGACCAAGAGAAAUACAAUAUAUUCGAGAAUGCGGACGUACAUACUUCCGAAGUAUCAGCUGUUAGAAAAGAAUGCGCUGCCCAUUGUCAAUCUAAAGUGUUGGAAGACAGAUUUGAGCUUUUACCAAAGUCAGCUUCGCUGGAGUCUCCACUACUUACGUCAAAAAAAACCGAAAUUUUGAAGUUCGAAGAUAGUGGUGUUGUAUCAGAUGAGUCUAUAAAGUGUCAUAGUCAAAAGGAUUGCGACCAAGACAAACAUUCAAAGGUUCCAGUGGUGACUAAUGAUUUAGACACUAGUGCUAAUGAUCUAGGAAGCAAUGUAACCCUUAGUUCGCAUUGCGAGGAUAAAUUUGAAGGACCAAUAAUCUCAGCAAAGCGACGAAUUGAGUUCGACCCGAAGACAAACGAUGAAAUUAGUGGUAAAUUUAGUUCCUAUGACGCAGACACAAUCGUAACAAUUUCCAAUACACCCUUGUCGCCCACAUCUAGUGAAAUUAUCAGUCCAAUGAAGGUGAAUUUCUUCACCAAUGAUUAUAAACCAGCUCUGGAAAUCGAUGGCCACUGUACAGGAAUUCUUUAUUUGAUCAAGGAAAUUGAUGUAUCAAACAUUUCCAUAAACAAACCAGAUAAUUUAGAUUUGUUAUUGCGUUCUAAUACCCCUGAUCCCAGACUGUUGAAGUUCAUAAAAAAGGAAAACAGUGCUUUGAAUUCUUCUGCAAUCUUUUGUGGCAUCAAUAAAGUUGUUCAAAGCGAUCCCCGGCGUUCGAGCAGCGUUUAUAAUGCUGAGACAUUUUCAAAACAACAUAACCAAGCCUUAUCUCAGCCAACGCCCAAUAUGCUGCUGUAUGGUUGUUUGCAGCGUUCCCCAUGGUAUCAGUCCCUUAUGUCUACAAUGAAAAUACAAAUAAAUCAAACCAUUUCGAUAUUGGUGCGCGCUAUCAAUAAUUUUCAUUCGAUUCGCUUGAAUGAUCCGUAUGCCGUUUUCGAUAUAUUCAAACUUUAUUGCGCCGGCGAGUUAUUGGAAAUUUUGGAAAACCUUGGACUUUUCGUUGACGUUAACGGUGUCAUUUAUGAAAAGAAAAAUAUGUCUAGUUACGGGGGUAGAUCAUUCGGGUGUGCGCCCGUUGUUAAUGCUACAUACAGUUUCAUACAACCAGUGGAGUCACAGUCCAUCGCAGUACAACAACAAAUGCGAUCCUUUACUUCACCAGCGACAAAUUUUUCUGCUCCACCUACAACAUUCCAACCGUCUGCACCAUUCAUAAGCUGUUAUAUUGAUUCGCCUGGGGUUGCAAUGGAUAAGUCUUCACAAAUGCCGCAACCUUAUUUGCGGCGUUCAAAACCUUCACCAUAUCGUGCACCAUUACCACCGGUACCACCUCGACGACACUGUGGCCUCAAGGUGCCCUAUGCAUCCAAUACUGCCCCAACUCGUUCAUCGUUGUCGCCUGUAAAACGUCAGCCGCGUUGCUCGGACUCUGAAGAGGAAAAUUGGGAUUCAGAUGAAAAUAUCAAAUCAUCGACACCUCUAAAACCUUCGCUUAGUCCAAGUUCUGUCAGUGAUUACGAACAUCGCUCCCCGAAAUAUACAAACUCAGGCGGGAGUCAUAAGCAGCGUUGUUUUGCAUUACCUGAAAGUUAUCAGACUUAAUAGUAAAGGAGUUCUCUUAUAUAACAUUUUGUACUGGAUACGUUUUCAUUUUAAAUGAGUUAAAAUAAAUAGCAAAUCGAAACAAUA